GGACGAUUGACAGAUGGUAGGGUGGGUAGUACGGAAUACAGUGGAGUAUUUAUUACUCGGGUUGAAAAGCUGGAAGAAAAUCAUUUUGGGGUAGAACUGUGUCUAAGUGUGAACUAAUUUAUGUUUCUUUUAAUUGGAUACUUGCUGUCCAGUUCAUUGUCCCACAGCCACUUACUUUACUAAGGGCGAGGAGUGAUUUUUUUGUUGUGAGGUACAGUCGGACGAAAGAACAGUGUCCUCUCGAAGUUGGUGAUCCAUUGCAGUUAACAGCAAAGGCAAUAGUGUUCAAGGAAAGACUUUUAAACACAGAUAUGGUUUCAUUAGCGGAUUUCAACUUCAGGUCUUCGUUACGGUACUUUCUAACGUUGUCACUUUGGGUUCAUAGCAAUUUCUGUUUCGCCAGCGAUUUUAGCCCCGAGGGCUGGCUACAGCAAUAUGGCUACCUCCCACCUGGAGAUCUUCGUACACAUACAAUGCGAUCGCCCCAGACUGUCUCCACAGCCAUCAGUGCCAUGCAGAGGUUUUAUGGUUUGAAGGUGACUGGCAGUAUUGAUGAAGAAACAAAAAAAGCUAUGAAACGACCCCGUUGUGGAGUACCUGACAAAUUUGGAACAGAAGUCAAAGCCAAUGUACGCCGAAGGCGAUAUGCUAUCCAGGGCCUGAAAUGGAAUCAACAGGAUAUUACAUUUUGCAUCCAGAACUAUACUCCAAAAGUGGGAGAAUAUGAAACAUUCCAAGCAAUUCGUAAGGCUUUCAAAGUUUGGGAAACCGUUGUACCACUAAGGUUUCGUGAGAUAGACUAUAGUUUGAUUCGUGAUGGUAGUGUCAAACCUGCUGACAUCAUGAUCUUCUUUGCUGAGGGCUUCCAUGGCGACAGCACACCAUUUGAUGGGGAAGGCGGGUUUCUUGCGCAUGCCUACUUUCCUGGAGUUGGAAUUGGAGGGGAUACCCACUUUGAUGCUGCCGAGCCUUGGACUAUUGGAAAUGCAGAUCUGAAUGGUAAUGAUGUCUUUUUAGUAGCAGUUCAUGAGUUAGGUCAUGCACUUGGACUUGAGCAUUCCAAUGACCCUUCUGCAAUCAUGGCCCCUUUCUACCAGUGGAUGGAUACUGAGAACUUUGUUCUUCCUGAUGAUGACAAAAGAGGAAUUCAGGAGCUGUAUGGUACUCAUCGCAGAAAUCCUAAUCCAACUUUACCUCCUAGACCCACAAGGAGACCUCAUGUUCCACCAUCCAGGAAGCCAGUGAAACCAGAUGUGACUGAUUACCCCAAUGUUCCAGAUCAACCACGUUAUGGACCAAAUAUAUGUGAUGGAAACUUUGAUACUAUUGCAGUUCUGCGAGGAGAAACAUUUGUGUUUAAGGAACGCUGGUUUUGGCGUGUACGUAAUAGCCAGGUUAUGGAUGGAUACCCAAUGCCAAUUGGUCACUUCUGGAGAGGACUUCCUGCAAGUAUAAAUGCUGCAUAUGAGAGAAAGGAUGGAAAAUUUGUAUUCUUUAAAGGUGACAAGCACUGGGUAUUCACAGAAGCAUCAUUGGAGCCUGGUUACCCCAAAAGCCUUCGAGAACUUGGCAGUGGCCUUCCUAAAGACAGGAUUGAUGCAGCUCUUUACUGGCUUCCAAAUGGCAAAACAUACUUCUUUAGAGCCAACAAGUACUACCGCUUUAAUGAAGACAGGAGAGAAGUAGACAGUGAUUAUCCAAAACUUAUGGCUGUCUGGGAUGGUGUUCCAGACUCACCAAGGGCAGCUUUUAUGGGACAUGAUGGAGAGUACACUUACUUCUACAAGGGGAACAAGUACUGGAAGUUCAAUAAUCAGAAGCUGAAGGUAGAACCAGGGUUUCCAAAGUCUAUCCUUCGAGACUUCAUGGGCUGUGACACAGACAAAGACCCAGAGCGAGAGGAUAAAACAGAGGAUGGCACAGACACAGAAGUCAUUAUCAUUGAAGUGGACGAGUCCAAUGUUCCCAUUAAUCCUGCAGCCAUUGUGAUUCCUGUCCUCCUUUUGCUUUGUGUUGUGGCCCUGGGUUUGGCUGUUCUCUUUUUCAGACGAUUUGGAACACCCAAGAAGCUGUUGUACUGCCAACGAUCUAUGCUGGACAAGGUCUGACUUUUCCUGGCAGCUGGUUUUUCUGCAUGGUGGAAAGAGACUGUCCACUCAGGCAUUGAGGAGUUUAGCCUUUGCACAUUAAAUACAAACUGUAUCCAUUCCUUUGUUCUCUUUCCUAAGUUUCUUUUUUGACUGCCUUGUUUUUCAGGCAGAGCCCCACUCCAUGGUUAAGAGAAGGUACUAAACUUGUACGCUACUGUUGCCUGGUCAUUGCAGAGAGGUCACAGCACCAGGGGAGGUAUAACAUCAAAUUGUUCCAUCUCUCUGAUCUAGAAGUUAGUACCAUAUUCCUUUUAAAUUCUUUUUUUUUUUUUUGCCAGAUUUUGACAGUUGACUCAAAUAUUUUAUCGGGUAUACAGUCUAACAGGUAUUCCUGUAUAUUGAGUACUUAGUCACAUAAACAAAACAAAGGGUCAAAAUUGAUAAGUCAUUUUGGUAUCUGAUGUUUUAAUUUGUUACAGCUGCUGAUAUAAACUUUCAAUAUUGCUUUAGAUCUUUGAAGCAAUGUUUUUGUUGUAACACACAUCAGUUUAGUGUGCAGUUACUGUUCACUGAAGGCCACCGAACCCAUGGAUAUCAGUAAUGUGACAUGCCACAAAGGAUGGAUUGCUUAUUUUCAUCUUUUUUUUUUUUUAUACGACAUGGUGUUUAGUCUCACUUGCUGGCAAUCUGCUCAGUGUUUUCAGGGAGUUUUUAAGAGGCUAGUCUGGGAUAAUGCUGUAAAGGGAGUAGACAGGUCAAGAUUUAUCCUUGUUUAAUUAAGAACAGUUUCAAGGACCAAAAUCAUAUGAUCUAGCAUGCUAAAUGACAUACCUCUAAAGUGCAGUGCAUACCAAAGUAGUAGUCCACAUGUAAGUGCUAUUUCUGGGCACACAGGUGAUUGAUAUAUUUAACCUUUCAAAGUGACUUUUACCUUCGUAGAUGCUAAACCAUAAAUGCAUUAGUUUAGACAUCAUGUACAUUUUUCUAAACAUCAGUUUUUAUCUUUUUGCUAGAGAGAGUGAGCGGUACAAGUAUUUAAAAAAAAAGUGAACACGAGUCUGCAUCCAUAGAAAAAGGUCAAAGGUUGGUAGCAAUACAGCUUUUGCUUGCUAAAGGAGUUUAAAGUAUGCAAAGAAAAGUAGGGCAGUUUUUCAUUGCUGAUUAUGUAAUAUUUUCACUUGUAUAAUUAUUUAAUGGGCUGUCCUACGUUUCCUUGCACAGUUGUUCUUUGGAAGUCAGGCAGUUAUUUUUGAAUGAAAAUAGUGAUUGCUUGAGACUGUCAUGAUGUUAUGGGGAUUGUUUUCCCUUUCUCCACUGUUGAGCGACCAAGGAGUUAAACAGGUAAAUUUGAGAUUUGCCUCCCAUGUGAGGAAUGCCCCCCCCCCGCCAAAAUGUUUUCAGUGCGUGCCAUUACAAUGAUUAGCACUGAAAUGUUUCCUAUGGUUGCAAUCGCUGAAGUAGUUUCCAAGCAUUCAUGUUCUGGUGUUACAUAGUAGAAGCUAAUUUGGUGAAACCUCUCUGCUAGUGUGACACUUGGUUCCAGAAUGCUCUGUCUGAUUUUGUUACAUCUAAUUUAUAAUUGCAGUUAAUGAUGACAUGCCAAGUAGCAGUAUGCAGAGUUACAGAUUGUGAAGGCAGUGAGGUUGCAGGGCAUAUGGAACUGGACAUAUUUCAACUAACUCAAUAGUUUAGGAAUUUCAGGAAUGUCCAGUGCCAAAUUACAGUUCCUGUCUUGUAUUACCAUUAUGAUUUAGAUCGGAAGUUGUAGGCUAAAGUUUGCAGUGACCAGCUGUAAUGGUAGGAACUGUAAACGAUUCUGGGAAUGAUGAAGAGCUGGAGUUGCUUUGCCAGAGAAUUUCAAGUUACUGCUGUGCAGGAUGGUUUGGACUGGGGCCAGAGAUAUUUAGUGGUCUGUAGCAUGUGUACAUAGGUAGGAGAGGCAGUGGUGUCAAGUGAAAAGUGUCACAUUGUGAUAUCACAGACAAGAUUAAGUUGAAGCAUACUGCAGGUGCUUUGCCCAUGUGACCCAUGUAGGUGCUGAAAGGCUCAGUAUGUUUGUCCACAUGAUCUGCAUGAUACAAAACAUUCUCACUUAACAGCUCUACUUUGUUAUUCAGCCUUGUUUAGAAUAAAGUUCUUAAAUACAUUUAAAGACAAUAUGAUCAUAGUAGUUGUUUUUCACUCUUUCCCUUUUUUAGAAUAAAAUUAUUAAAUAUAGUUAAUAUUAAAUACUGGAAGUAUAUAACCUGAUACUGCACAUAAAGAGACUUGAAAAUAAUGAACAGUUUGAGGAGGAAAAGAAAGGAAAAAAACAGCAAAUUCCAAAACUCAGUCACACUUUAAGCAUUUUUGGAGUGAUAUUUAUUCCCACCCACCAUUCAUUGUCCCCAUACCCUUGGUACUUAUAGUAUACAAAUGUAAGCUUGCUGUAAUUCAGUCUGACAAAUAUGUCUGAGUAAUGCAAGAUGACUUUUGCAGCCACAUUUGCAUUUGCAGUUUUGCUGAAAUGAGGAUCAGAAUUACAACACCCCAAAUUUUACUAGGCACUCAUAACAAUAAGAAUGUGAAUAGGCACAUUUAAACAACACAGCACUGGUUUUGACUCAUUGGAUGAUCUCAUUGUGAGAAAAGCACUCCUUUUGUAUUUUCAUUUGGAUUUUAAGGAAACUUCAUUAAGUAAAAUGAUUUUAUGAAUCACAGUUCAGCAAAACAAAAGCUGUAGCAGUGUCACAAUACAGACCAUGGGAGAAAAUUUGAGCUGUUUCUUAAACUGUAUUGCUUUUUGGUAGACAGAAAUUGUCUUUUCUACUUUUAUUUACCUUAACUAACCUGGUUGUUGAAUUUGGACUCACCUUAGCGUGGGCACUUUGAAUCCAGUUUCCCAGUCACUUGACAUAAUGGCAAUGCCAUACGAUAUUUAGUUGCUGACCUCUGGGACUCUUUUUCAGGCCUGAUUUGUUUUGUAACCAAUGCUUUAUGAUUUGGCAGGGAGGGAGGAAGAAAUAUAAUUUUGGUACUGGUGAAAUCGCUAAUUUCAGUGCAUCUAUUCCUUUCUACCAUGGAGUUGGGCUCUCUGAACUUAGCAGACCGUAGACAGACCCAUAGUAUAAAUGUUCUGUGUGCCUGUUAUGUAAUCACUGAAAAUCUCAUCCAAUCAGUAUCUUCAAAUUAUCUCAAGGGUUUAUUAUGAAAUGUAAUUGAAUGUAACAUUUUUAUAUGUAGUAAUGUUGCCGAAUUGUGAACAUAAAAAGUUAACAUCACUGUCAAGGCAGUGGCUCACUUGAAGGCCUGUAGUAGUUCUGUGCUGGGGGCUGGGCAUCUUGCAAGUAGGACAUUGAAUACCCUUCCAACUUCCCAUUUUAAUGGUUGCUCAGCGGUUGUUAGAAUCUCCAUUUUGCUUUCAAAGAGAGCAGCAGUAUAUAUUUAGUGUGCUGGGGGAAAAUCUUGCUGCAUUUUGUAAAAACAAAACAAACAAAAAAAUACCUUACUUUUUCUUUCAGUCUGGUCUUAGUAGUCGGUUACACAUUUAAGUCAGUAACUACAGAAGAAUGGAUUAAAUAAAAAAACAUUACAUAAAGCAAUCAAGAUGGUCAGCAGGUUGAUUUGUAAUGGCUUUUGAAAGAAAAACACCAGUGGAGGGAAUGAAAGGACUUCAUUGAAUCAAAGAGAAAAAAAGAAACUUAAAUAGGCUUCAUUCAUAGCUUGAUGAACUUUUCUGAAAAGUAAUGCAGCAGAGGAAGUGAUGGAACAUUAUUUGCUUUUUUCUCAUGCUCAAGUGACACGAGUUAUGGAUGAACUGAGUGUGCCCUGAUGCUACUAUUUUUUUAGUACAACUGUAGCUACAGUUGAACUGAGUGUGUUCUGAUGCUACUGUUUGUUUAGUGCAACUGUAAUUUCCCUUAUGGCCUAUUGUACAUCUGUACCCCCCCAUUCUGCUUGCAUUGCUUGUCUGGGCCUGCAUUAAGUUAUGGAAAGGAGUCUAUAGAAGCAUAAGGGGGGGUUAGAGAAUGUGAGUGGAUGUGUAAGUAAAACAGAAUAUUACCGACAGAUUUACUCAACACAUAAAUGACGUAUGCUGGUAUUCAUCUAUCAUUUAAUUCAUUUAUCCAUUCAUUCAUUCUUUGCUUGCUACUUUUAGCUGACUUAUGCAAUUUUUUCAUGACCACAUUCUUUGCUAAGGUGCCUUUCUAGCCAACCUUCGGAUACCGCAAAUGACGGCUGAUUACUAAUUUAUGUUCUGUCCUGGUUGACAACUUUUAAUGUAACAGAAAACUUAAUAAUAUAUGUAUAGGUUCUUCAGCCAUUGUUCCACUGCAGGUCACUGGGAAACAUCCGUUGGUUGGAAAGUAAAGGCCUUGGGCAAAUAUACUUUGCAUGUUCAUGUUAAAAUAUGUAAGUGUUUUGUAUCAGAGGAGAUACUGGAUGGGUUAUUGGCAAAUCACUGAGACAGUUAGUUCUGUUGUUUACCAAAUUAUUGAACCCACUGUCUAAAUGUCCUGCUUUUCUUAAUUCUUCAAUUUGAGUGUUUGCUAUCUUUUUGACUGUAUGAUAAUUGGAAAGAGUAUUUAUGACUCAUCUGAGUCAGUAUGCAGCUGUUACCCAAGCAGAUUUUCUUUGCAGCUUUGAGUACAAGGAAGAAAAGCAAGCGUUAUGUCAAACGUCAAAGUUGCAUUACUGGACAACUGUCUGUUUUCUCUUACUAAUUUCGUCCAUCACUUUCUCUUUCAUAAACAGUUUUCAAGAUCAAUUAUAAUCCUUUUCUCAGAAAGUGAAGGUAUUUGAUGGAACCACUUGCCUUAGUUUGUUCAUUGUUUGAUGACUGCAUACAUGUUCUACUGGAGAUGUGUAUAAAUACUUUCUUCAAUGAAAUAUGAAUAUUGAACAGUUUUUCAUGUGUACAAUAUGUAGGGUUCACCUGUUGCACGUGUUUAUCGCCAGAGUUAUUUUGUAAAUUAACGACUGUACGUAUUUUGUACAGUGCUAAGGAUACAAGUGUGCUGUCUUGCUCCAGGAAAUGUUUGUUUUCCCAUACUUACAUAAAUUGUCAAAAAAUGUGGGUAUUCCCAGUGGAUAAUCAUGAUAAUUUAAGCCUUGUGUCUCCAGUAACCCUACAGGUUCUGCUAUAACCCUGUGUUCAACAAUUUGCCUCCUGAAAAAUGUUUUCUUAAUGCACACAGACAAGGUACUGGGUGACAAGACUGUUUUUAAUUGUUUGUUUUUGCUAACUUUUUAAACAUAACUAUAUAUUAUUAUUAUCAAACAGUCAUGUUUGUUAUGAAUUAUGCCAAAAACCCUGCAGGCCAGGCUGGUAAUUGGCAAAGAUUGUAACAAUUAUUUUGAACCCUUUAUAAAAAAAUAGUUUUAUUUAAAAAAUAAGAAAAAGGAUAAAAGCUGAACAUGGAAAGUAAAACACAUUUGAUCCAUCUGUAUCUUUAAAAUAAAAUAAAGAUUCCAGUGGCUUUUGGAAAAUG